UUUCCUCCUGUCUAUGAAAAGAUUGUCUACAAUGAAAGAUUCACUAGUCAUCUCAAGCUAUCUCUUCCCUCUACGACACACACACACUGUUUUAGCAUUCCAGUGAAAACACCUGUUGCUCACACAGGCUUAAUCAAUUUAAUGCAGAGUGUUGGACAUCAAUUACGUCAGGAUAAUUACUGUAAUGGUCCCUCACGGGUUUGUCUCCUUUUUCGCCCUUUGCACGAUGAACUGUGUGUUGUCCUGCGACCCACUGUCAUUUGUUUACCCGCCCACAUCCAAUACCCAUGCACUGCCCCCUGGCAUGUUUGCCCUCUGGACCAUCGCACAGUCCAGGACUACACACUCCUGCAGAACCUUUACGGCUUUCCUACGUAGGAGUCCACUGAGGAGCUUGACACCUGAAAGACCAUACACUACGGGGGGAUGAUGGCAGAUGGACUGCUGCUGCUCGCAUUGAGUGUCACAGUGCUGGUGUGGGGAGCCCAGGGGCAGGGGAACAGACAGUGGAAGAAUCAAGUCUCGGGGGAUGCGACAGUUUACCUGGGCCAGCAUAGAAAUGCAUGGGAGCCGCUGAUGCACAUCGCUGUCAACCUCACCAAGAUAAGAGACAUUAAGUCAUCCUUUCAGCUGAGGACGUACGAUCCAGAAGGAGCCAUCUUCUACGGGGACACCAAAAGCGGCAGGGACUGGUUCAUUUUGUCCCUCAAAGACGGCGUCCCUCUCAUGCAAAUCAGCCGCAGCGGGGUUCUCGUCAAUGUGGCGGGGGGGCCCAAGCUCAAUGACGGGCGAUGGCACACGCUGGAGGUGAGCAACCAAGGACAUUUUGUGGUCCUGGAGGUGGAUGGCGCCAUGGGGCUGGUAGCAGGUUUGCAGUCUGAUAACAUAGAGGAGGUCAUCUCAGGGGACCUCAGACUGGCGCUUGGCGGGAUCCUGAUACCCAAGGAGAGGAUGUUGGUUCAGUUUGAGCCGCAGAUGGACGGCUGUGUGCGAGGGGGCAGCUGGCUGAACCUAAGCAUCCCCUGGGAGACAGAGGCCGACGAGCUCUGGCCCUGCUAUCAAAACAUCCAACCUGGCAGCUUCUUCCCUGGAAGCGGUCUCGUCAUUGUCAACACCUCAGUGUUGCAGAUUGCUGAUUCACACAGAGUAAAGAUUGAAUUGUGGGGAGAAUUCACUAAAAUGGAUGGUGCGAUUCUGAGCAUCAGGACUCCCGGCCUGGCGCCGAUGUUCACUUUAGUAGCUGAUAAUAACACAAAGGAAGUAACACUCUCCUUCAGUGGUCAUAAAAUGAGUCUUAAAGAAAACUUCAGGCGACUACAGAUGAUCUUUGGGACAGAUUUGCUGGAAGUGCUGCAUGAUGGAGCUGAAUCAAAGGUCACAAAAAAGCUCCUAAGUCCACUAAAGCAUUCAGACCUUUUGAGCACAUUGAGAGAAAGCCACAUUGCCAUUGGAGGCCUUCUCGGUAAAGAUGACAUGGGCUCCUUCUUGAGAGGCUGUCUGGAGAAGAUCCAGGUCCAAGGAAAGGAUGUUGACCUGGAUCUGACAUUUAAAAACAUGUCCAUCUCCUCCCACAGCUGCCCAGCGUAAACCACCGCAUCAGACGUUCAUUGUACAAAUUGUGGCCUUGUUUAUGUAUGUCACAAUCAUAGUAAAUCUAGUCAUAAAAGAGAGCCAGAGUAUUGCAAUAUAAAGUCAUGCAGGUUUCCUUGGCUCAAAAAUGUAAACAAUAUACAACAAAACUGCACAAUAAAAUUAUUAAAU